GUCCGGGAGCGGCGCCGGCAGCGGCAGGGCCAUGGUGCAGAGCCCGCCCGCCCCGCAGCCCCGCUGAGCGCCGCCGGGCCCGGGCCGCGGCCGCCAGCCCCGCUGCGGCUCCGGUGAACAAUCAGAAUAAUGUUCUACAUAAACUUGUUGGAGAACCUGAAGGUUUACAUCAGCAGUCGACCUCCGCUUGUGGUCUUUAUGAUCAGUGUAAGUGCUAUGGCAAUAGCUUUUCUGACACUGGGCUAUUUCUUCAAGAUCAAGGAGAUCAAGUCACCAGAAAUGACUGAGGACUGGAAUACCUUCCUCCUGAGGUUUAAUGAUUUGGACUUCUGUAUAUCUGAGAAUGAAACCUUAAAGCAUCUCAUCAAUGAUACCACAACUCCAGAGAGUACCGUGACUAGUGGCCAGGCGAGAUCUUCUACACAGUCUCCACAGACUCUUGAGGACUCUGGUCCAAUAAACAUCUCUGUUACCAUCACGUUGACACUGGACCCACUCAGACCAUUCGGCGGCUAUUCUCGCAAUGUCACACAUCUAAGUUCCACCAUUUUUGGACACCAAAUUGGACUCUCAGGCAGAGAAUCCCAUGAGGAGAUAAAUAUUACGUUCACCCUGCCGGCUGCCUGGAAUUCCGAUGACUGCGUUCUUCACGGCCACUGCGAGCAGGUUGUGUUCACAACCUGCAUGACUGUGACAGCAGCCAGCAAUGUGUUUCCUGUCACAGUUCAGCCACCACAUUGUGUUCCUGAAACAUACAGCAAUGCCACGCUCUGGUACAAGAUCUUCACCACAGCAAGAGACUCUAAUACAAAAUAUGCACAAGAUUAUAACCCUUUCUGGUGUUAUAAAGGAGCAAUCGGGAAAGUGUAUCACGCUUUAAACCCCAAACUGACGGUUAUAGUUCCAGAUGACGAUCGCUCUCUAAUAAACCUGCAUCUCAUGCAUACCAGUUACUUUCUUUUUGUGAUGGUGAUUACCAUGUUCUGCUAUGCAGUUAUUAAAGGCAGACCAAGCAAACUGAGGCAAAGCAAUACAGAAUUCUGCUCUGAGAAGGUUGCUUUGUCAGAAGCAUAAUCCAUCCUCUCCUUUGACUGAGAAUAACUGAGAACCGAAAUCAUUGCCUGCUGAACCCGGACUGGGUCUUAACACUCUGUGAAUACAUUAUCUUGCAAUGUUGGUUUAUUCCAACCAAAGACAUUUCAAGUGCCUGUAAUUGAUUUGUACAUAUUUAUAAAGGUAUAUUCAGAAUAGGUGGGAUGAUGCACUUGUUCCGCAUUGCAGUGCGGCCGGAACCGUUCAGUCUUUACCUGUGGACAUAGCCGAAUGUUCGUGUAGAUAUCUUUAGUGAUAUGGCUACAUAUAGUCAGAGCAAGAUAUUUUUGUCUAGCUGCAUCUGGGCAGGUUAAGAUGCCUUUGCAAGUGUCUCAAACAAACCAACAGAUCUUUGUUUUUUUUGCCCAAUGAUAUGUACAGUGUGUUUGAAACAAGUAUGCACCUUUGAUAGAAUACUGCAUUUCCAGUGCCACCAAUCUACUACAUGAAUUAAAUGUGUGUUUGUGUGGCCUAAUACUUUCUUCCGUUUGCUCCUUGCUUGCAAGAAACGAUAUCAAGGUUUUAGAUACUUUUUUCUUUUGGAAACAAAGAAGUACAUAUUCACAUUUUAAUAGUGCUGUAUUUAGGACAAACUUGUGCUUUUAUUCAUAGUAAAAAGUAAAAAAAAAAAAAGAAGUGAAGUCCCAUUUUAAAAUGUUUCUUACUGGCAAGUAUGAAGUCUGAUUACUUUGGUCUUGGUCUUUGUCAUUCUUUUUGUUUCCUUUGGCUUGCUGAAUGCCAGAGAACCGGGCAGCAUAGAGACUACCUGGAAAGCUUUCCACUUGAGCUCCCAUCUGCAGCCCUCACACCAGGAUUGGGUGUCUCUGCUGCAGAGCAGCUUUCUGUAACCUCUUGGUUUUCUUCCUAGGAAAUGGAAAGCUAAUCAAAAGGUGCAUUGUUUGAACAGGCUGAUGGGGCUCUGCACAGCCUUGGGCAAGUGCAGCUAAUGGAAGACUAAGAAAUCCCAUAGUCUGUUACAAAGCUUCACUUCGGGACUCACCAGCCAUCUCUGAAGGAGAGCUGGAAAUGACACUUUUGUUAGCUUUGUCCCAUUUCCAUGUAAUGCUGUCCACUCAGGGGAGAAGGACAAGGAGAAGACCAGGGCUGUUGUGAUUAAGGUCACAGAAACCACACGAUAAAACACAUACUGUUCUCUGGGUCCAUUCUUGAGCUAGAUCUUUUAUUCCAUGCAUUUCUCACUUUCCCAUUCUGGCUUCUUAUUGAGCAACUUCCUUAAGCUUUUCCUGCAGACAUUUCCACCACUGCUUUUACAAUCCCACUGGUUGCCUUAACUGACCUUUCAUCUUGUCCUUCAGCUUUCUUGUCAGAUAGUAUAACUGCAGGUCUGCAUACCUACACAGGGUCUUUUUUUCCCCUCCUCCUAUUGCUUUAACCUACACAAAAGAAGGAACCCAAGUCAAAUAUCUCACAGUCUCAGUUAUGCUGGCAUAAGAUUCUUGGUUUACACCCUAGUCACUAUUUAAUGGUAUCCUGCUGGUCUGUAUGUAUGGGACUUCAGUCACUUCACCAGUUUUCAGAGCAUUUGAAGCAAAAUAGUCACACCUUCUUCAGAACGUGUUUCCUUUAUAGAAUUCCAGUUACUUAAGUGGUAUUAACUAAUGUGUGUUUUCCUCCAGGGACGUUAAGGCAAAGCUUUAGAGAUGGCCUAGUUUGAUGUCUAGGGAUAAAAUGAAGCUUCCAGUUUUCUCCUGAUGCUGCUAUGGGCUCACACUGCUUCACUGACAUGAAUCCAUGAAGUCAAACCAGGUAGAUGGCUUCUCAUGGAAACUGUCUGAGCUGUUCCUUAUCACACCCCCAGCCUUCUGCAUCAAUACUGACUUGGAGAGCUGCUUAUGAGGGUGGCUUGAUCUGGGGACCAAAGGCAGGAAUAGGAAACGGAUCGGGGUGGUGGUGCAAAUAGAAAACAACCAACACGACUCCUUUAAAACAGCAGAGCUCAGUCCUUUCUGUUUCAGCCAGUUUAAAACCAAACUGCAAAUAUCCAAACUGGAGUUUGGUCUGUUGGGGAAAGCAGAUUUAUUGGGCUUUUUAAAUCUGUUUUUUGCUGUUGGGUAACCAAAGGAACCUGCUUUGUAACUUACCAUGCACUACACUGAAACACCCAAGAAUACUCAGAUCAUAACCCACAAAUACAGAAGAGAAAACAUUAGAGGUGUGGUUUUUGCCCUUAGUUUACACCUUUGCACCCCUGUGUUGCAGCAGAGAGGGUGUCCAUCAGGCUGAAAUGCUGCAAUACUCAGGGAUACUGGAUUGUUCCUAGGCGCAAUGUACAAAAGUUGAAUGCAGCCAAACAGAAGAGUAAAAACUUAAAGUUCAGAUCAUAUUGAUCUUUCCUUUUUUGUUUUGUUUUCUUUUUCUUUUGAACUAUGACUUGAAUCAGUUUUGAUUCUAUUUGUACGUGUUUUCUUGUUCUUAGAAAGCUGCCAUUUCCUUUUGCAUUUUCCUUUGGCAUUACAUAGAAAAUCUGAGCCUUGGUUUUCAACCCUCUGCAGGUGACCGUAGGGUUAAGAUGGCUGUUUUGGUUUUGUUCUUACAUUUCACUUGUCUUGUUGCAUGAUGGUUAAUAGCUGAUUUGGAAAUGACAUUUCUCUCCUAGAUUAAUUUUGUGUUUGUAAGAUGUGCAUAUUGCUUUGCAGAAUAAAACCAACCGAGUUUA